AUCAGUGCAGAUGCUGAUUAGUUCGGUCUCGUUCACCCAAACAAUUCGUUCAAAAAGACCGAAUCGUUCGCGACCGAUACAACACUACUGCUCCGGAAGCACUCUCUCUUGACCUAUCCGGGACGAUCCGUUGUUUCGUGUUCCCUUCUAAACAAACGAGCUCCUUCGAAGUAUUCUCAUCGGUGUCCCGCAGACGUCACUAUUAAAGAGCUUCACCCUCAGAAGCACGAACCCCUCCACGUUAAACAGGAGGAGUCGGAGAUGCCGUACAUUAAGCAGGAGGAGGAGCCAGAGACCCUCAGUAUUAAAGAAGAAGAACAGGAAGAUGAAAUCACUAAGUGUCCAAUGACUGUCAGUGUGAAGAGUGAAGAAGACGAAGGUCCAAGCAAAGAGAGUGGGGAAGCUAAACCUGCGAGCAACAGCUCAUUUCAACACCUGACAACAAAAGGAGAGGGACCAUGGCAACCUGACGACAUCGCAGUAGAAGAUCUUCACCCAGAGAAGCACGAUCUUCCCCACAUUAAAAGGGAGUCGGAGAUGCCGUAUGUCAAACAGGAGGAGGAGCCAGAGAUCCCCAGCAUUAAAGAAGAAGAGCAGGAAGAUGAAAUCCCCAAGUUUUCAAUGACUGUUAGUGUGAAGAGUGACAAAGAUGAAGGUCCAAGCAAAGAGAGCAGAGAAGUGAAACUAGCAAGCAGUAACUUGUUUCAAAUCCCCAAGUUUUCAAUGACUGUUAGUGUGAAGAGUGACAAAGACGAAGGUCCAAGUAAAGAGAGCAGAGAAGUGAAACUAGCAAGCAGUAACUUGUUUCAACACCUGACAACAAAAGGUGAGGGACGAUCGCAACCGGACGGUCUUUUGGCACCACUGUUGGACAGCGACGAUGUAAAAUCACACUUUUCUGACUUUAACACCGAUGAGAAGGAUAUUGACUUUGAGCAAAAUGCUUCGAAAUCCUUAAACAAGGCAUCACUGAGAAGACACACAAAACAACGCACGAAUGGGAAACCUUUUUCCUGCUCACAUUGCGAUAAAACAUUCACUACCAAGCAAUAUUUUAUGAAACACGUGUAUACACACACAGGAGGAAAGCCUUUUCUCUGCACAUUUUGUGGUAAAAGAUUCACUGUCGAGGGAACUUUAAAAAUACACACAAAAAGACACACUGGAGACUAUCCAUUCGUCUGCCCUCUUUGCGAUAAAGGAUUUUGUGGGAAGAAAGACUUUGCAAGACACACACGAACACACAGAGAGGAAAAGGGUUUUCUCUGCAAAUUUUGUGGUAAAAGAUACACCCACAAGGGAAAUUUUGAGAUACACACAAGAAGACACACUGGAGAGAAGCUUUAUGCCUGCUCUCUUUGCGAUAAAAGAUUUUAUACAAAGCAAGCGUUAACAAUACACACGCCAACACACACUGGAGAAAAGACUUUUCUCUGCACACUUUGUGGUAAAAGAUUCACCCAGAGGAGAGGUUUAAAUUUACACAAAAGGACACACACUGGAGAGAAGCCUUUCGUCUGCUCUCUCUGCGAUAAAAGAUUUUUUAGGAAGCAAUCGCUAACAGAACACACGAGGACACAUACUGAAGAGAAGCCUUUCGUCUGCUCUCUUUGCGAUAAAAAAUUUCGUUCGAAGGAAGACUUAAGAAGACACACGAGGACACACACAGGAGAAAAGCCUUUUGUCUGCACAUUUUGUGGUAAAACAUUCGCCCAGAAGGCACAUUUAAAUCUACACACGAAGACACACACGGGAGAGAAGCCUUUCGUCUGCUCUCUUUGCAAUAAAAGAUUUAGUAGGAAGGAAGUCUUAACAAGACACUCGAGAACACACACUGGAGAGAAGCCUUUCGUCUGCUCUCUCUGCGAUAAAAGAUUUUUUACGAAGCGAGAGUUAACAAGACACGCGCUUACACACCAGGUAAUAGGUUCACCCGGAAGCGAGACAAACUUACGCAAGAAAGCGCACCAAGGAGAAACCUUUCACUUGGACCGUGUAAUGUAAAAACCUUCUUUUUAAGGAAGUUGUAACAUCCGUGUCUGCUGCUCUGGUAAUCUGCUGGCGAAUGAGUUUAGCAGGCAUCCCCAAACUUUUUUGCACCACGGACCGGUGUAAUUUGGGUCUUUUUUUCACGGAACGUUUUUUUUUUUUUUUUUUUGUAACCCAUAAAAAACUGCAACUAUCCAGUUCUGCGCAUGCGCGUAACAUUAAAAAUGGCAGCGAAUGCAGCAAAUGUAAAGUAAACACUACAAACUUUCCAUAAAGAAAGGAAUAUUAACUUACGUUUGAUCGUGGAUGGACAUGUAGAAAAGUUCUCCUCAGACCCAUCCUGCCAUGUUAGCUGCACACCGCUCUCUCGCCAUUAAAGCCUACGCCGUGUCGAUUAGCAUUAAUUAAGAAGCCUGCUUCACAAAGAUGCGAUGGUAGAAAUUGUAGCAAGGUUUUCAGUGUUCUCAUAGCGCUUUCAGGAUAUUCCGGAAUGACUUUAAUCGUCUCAAAUGUUUAAGGUCGCCGUCAUUUGCGAUCUCUACAAGCUGAUCCUCCUGUUGCACAGACAUGCUCGAAUCACUCGGUUUAUUCACAAACGGGUAACAAAUCCACUCCUUCGCAGUUCGUGGGGCUUCGAGGUUGUACGCUCAUCUUCCGGCUCGUCAGGUGCCCUUUUUCGCCGUAAAAAAUCUCUCCAAAGACGUCUGUUUUCCAGUCAUUUUCGCUAGUGUGGGGGAACAAAAGUGCUGCGCCUGCGGCCUAGUCAUACGUUAUUAUGGAGGACAAGCGCACAUAGAUAUACUGUAUAUACAAAACAAGAUGUACUGCUUGCAGUCUAAUCAAUGGAUUUCUAUGAUGACAUUCUAAUGUAUACUGUAGUAUUAUAAAGUAGACAGGGAUAUUGAUGUGUUAUGCAGGGGCACAGGCCAAAGUUAAUUCGGCCAGACUGCGGUCGUUAAUAAAAUAUUUCUGUGCGGCUCGGUAGCAAAUGCACCACGGUACCAGUCCGCGGACCCCUGGUUUAAAGGACUUCUGGACUCAUUGGGCCUCACCCAGUCAGUGAAUGCCUCAACUCCUGAGCAAGGUCACACUCUGGAUCUGGUGAUUUCGCUUGGGCUUUCAGUCUCCAUCAGAGAAAUAGUGGAUACUGCUAUCUCGGACCACCUUUCCAUCAUUUUUUUAGUUUUCUACCUCUUUGUCUGCCGGAAAGCCAAUCUCUCCAGCUUGUUUUCGCCGAUGCCUCACUCCAUCCACAGCAGGAGAGUUUGUGGCUGCAUUUGGAGAGCUACAGCAGCAUGCUGACGCCAUGAUGCCUUCUCCUCUUCUCCUCCUCUUGCUGUUUUAGACUCCAUUGCCCCUCUGUGGCAAAAAAAGCACGAAAUCCAAAGCCACUCCAUGGUUUAAUGACUAUACCCGCCUGCUCAGGCAAAAACGCAGGUGGGCUGAACGUCGAUGGAAAAAGGACAAACUCCAUGUUUCUCUGGGAUUGCUGAGGAACAUCUUAGUUGUCUACCCGGUGGUCCUAAAACAGGUCAAGUCUAAUUUUUUUUAUCUUUAUCUAUAUUUUUAAGACUGCUUUUUAAGACUAUUGACUCUGUUUUAAACCCACACACCACUGUCUUAACUGAUGUAUCAGCUGCCACUUGUGAGGAGUUUGUCACUUUCUUUCAAAACAGUCUCAUUGGUUAGGCAGAAUGUCUGCAACUCGGGUAUCUCAUUGGAUAACGUACGUCCUCUGUAACCGCUCACUGUCUUUGAGCAAUUUGAUCUCCUUUCAUUGUCACCUCUCACUGAAAUAGUGAAAUGAAACCCACUAACUGUCCCCUAGAUUUAAUGCCAGCUCGGCUUCUGAAGGAAGGCUUUAGGUGCCUUGGAUCAAGUCUGCUGGCUCUUAUAAAUACCUCUCUCAGUUCCGGUUCUGUCCCAGCUGCCUUUAAACAGGCUGCUGCCCAAUUUUUAACCGGUACACCUAGACCUACACAGAACAUAUUACCCCGUGCUAUCAUCGCUCCACUGGCUCCCAGUUCAUUUUAGAAUUGAUGUCCAUAUUUUAGUUUGUUUUUUAAUCUAUUAAUGGCCAGGCUCCUUUUUAUUUAUCGGAAAGUUGAACCCUCCUUAACUCUGGAAGGGUAAUUUCCGAGGUCGAAACUUAACUAGUGGGGAGACUGAUAUUUUCCGGUUGCUGCCCCAAGUUGUGGAAUAGCCUUCCCACUGAAAUCUGCACCAUUAUGAAUCUAGGCCAUUUUAAAUCUCUGUUAAAGACACACUUUUUAUUUAUUUAUUUAUUUACUCUAUUUUUCCCCAGACUAGGGUAGCCUGGUUUUAUUACUGAAGUGUUUUAAUGUUUUUGAAUUUUGUUUUAUUUGCUGUUUUGAUUGUUAUCGCGGUGUUGUUUUUGUUUUCGUAAUGUCAUUGUAUAAUAAUUUCCUGCCUUUUAUUAGCAUGUUGUCUUUGUUGUCAAGAAUUUAGAGGACUUUUUUUUUUUUUUUUUUAAAGGGCUAUUGAAAUAAAUUUGAUUGAUUGAACAACGGACAACUUGUUCUUAAAAGAUAAAUGCUACUAUGAGUUAUCAUAAUUAUACAUUAAGACCCUUCUUAAUGUUUUCGUUUUUAUAAAAUUUGCAAAAAUUUUUUAGUAGGUAGCCAUUGUUGACUACUCAAUGCAUUCUGGGCUUCCACAGUGUCACUCGUGAGCUACAUAAACAUGGCGUCGGUUCUGCCCUUCCAAAUUGAACCCCAGUGGAAAAGUGAUGAGCAGGACAGCACUGUCGCCAUUUCACAAAACGAGCAGCAAAUGCCAUUAAAUGACUGUCUCCAGCUAGGUUCGAACCCUCGUUUCCCGUACGACAGACGAGCACGUAGACCACAGGACUGUACUUCUGCGUGACAUUAGUCAUGAUUUUCCUUAUAAAGCAACUGCAACCCACAUGCAUUGUCUGUCUGUGCGGUAAAACCUAAAAAGGAACCCCCAACUGGAAAAAGUGCAGCUGGCUUGAUCACGGAAUUAAAAAAUGCAGCUCACUUCAGACAGCAAGCAGACAACAAGAACAUAGGGAUUGCGUAAAAGGAUUUAUUAAAGGGUAUUAAAACACUAAGGGGCUGUGAGAUAAAUAGAACCGUUAUGCAAAUAGUAAUAAAGCUAACAAAAAAAUAAAUCGCAUUCAUGAGAAAUUAUCGAAAAUUACGAACAUUUCCGAAAGUAUUCCGGAAACAGCCGAAUGGGGCGGGGACGUCAUAACAAGGAAACAAAAGGUCGAGAGAGUUGCGUUCGUGUUUUAUCAAAAAAAUCGCUAAAAUGGUUCAAACCUGUCAUGCUAUGUGGUUUACAAAUAGCCUUUUGUCGCAAUGUAGUACCCACGAUUUCCCGAACACAACAAAAAGAGCUGGGACUACGCAGACACAAUGAGUAAAGUUCGUCAGUGCUAAGAGGGUUAAUUUUGCAGACCCAGCCAUUUGCAUGGUUUUGUGUGGUGCGCAUUUUACACCUGAAAGCUAUACGAACUAUGGACAAACGAAAUCAGGUUUUGCUAAGAAAUUGCUGCUGAAAGCAGAUGCGGUACCCACCUACACGCGCAGCCACCUAAAUGUCCCGAGAUAUCAAGAGGACAAUGACUGGCUCUGAUGAGACCACCCCACCACCCCAGGCAAAGCAAAGGAGGGAAAUGGCCAGAGUGAGUACUUUUAUAAUAAACAUAUCACGCAUUGGAUAUAGGACUGGACACAUGUAUAAAUUAUCGCUCGUAAAAUAUAUAGAACAAAUCCUCUAAUCCCAUUCUUAUUUGUGUCGGUUGGCAGAGUGAAAACCGGUGAUAGCACAAUAAAUGAUCAUUAUUCUAUACAUUAUUUUGCAGUCACUGCGUAUCAGCUUCACAAAAAGAUGUGCAAAACAAACCAUUUGGUGUUUCUGU